AUGGGGGCUGGCCGGACGACAAUACAGCAGCAGGCCUUGGAGGUGGCGCCCACGAUUCAAUAUAUACACCGCCAGCCCGGGGGAGGGCGCUUCACUUUCACCGACGUCAAGUUUUGGCCGUACUCGCAGUCAUCAACAUGCGACGAGCCCGUCUUUGCGGUGCUGGGCCAGACAGAGGUCAUCAUUGGUCGUGUGUCGGCCCAUCCUCGCCGGCCCGUCACCAUCCUGCACCAUCUGACCAAUUUGUUCGUAGAAGCUCGCGUCCGCAGCAGUACGAAUCGCGCAGCAGGGCUAGUGGAGGUGAUUGAUGCCGUCGAGGGAAAGGUCUGCGAGACGCACAUCGGCCAUGAAUGGGCAACUAUCCAUGAUGUCGCCGUGCAUCCUCUCUACCCGUGGAUCUUCGCCACCGCCUCUCAGGAUUCCCAUAUCCGGAUCUGGGAUCUCCGGCAAUGCUUGAGACCUCACGCUACUCAUGUCAUCAUCCUGGGUGCACCAGCAAGCGGCCACGAGAGAGAUGUGCUCCUUCCGGAGCGGGACUCGCAGCCGGAACUGAAAAGGGCCUUCUGCGUGAGCAAAGCCGAGCUCGAGGAGAAGCAGAAGAGAGGCGUGCUAUCAGCGUCGUGGCACCACACUGGCCGGUAUUUGGUGACGUCGGGCUUCGACUGCCAGGUGUGCGUGUGGACUAUCCCGGACCUCCAUGAUGGAUCCCCCUUCUGGCGGUCAAUCGACCCGGAGCGCAAUCGACGGAACUGGUUUGAUACAAAGGUCAUCCGGCACCCUCAUUUUAUUACCAAAGCCCCGCAUUCCAAUUACGUUGAAUGUGUACGGUUCUUUGGCGAUUUAGUGGUGUCCACGGCUGCCCUCGAGGACACGAUUGUGGUCUGGAGGAUAACCGGGUUCGACUCGAAGAGGCGUCCACCGCCGCGAUGGACAGCCCCAAUGACGGAGAGCUGGCUGGAGACACGCAACGCCUUCAUGCGGACCGUGGUCACCAACAAGAACGGUUCGAGGAGGCUGGUGGUCGCGAGCGAGUUCCAGAAUAGGGCUCCCUAUGAGAGAGUCAUAGAGCUGGCCGCCCCGCUCGGCGACAGUGGCUAUCAACGGUUUGGCUUGCUGCUGCCCUCGCGAGCGCACCCAAGGCUACAUCCCAUGCUAGCGUAUGGCAAUGCCGCCUCUGAAGUGUGUUUCUGGGGGCUUGACGGCGGCCUGACGCGACACACGGUCAGAGUGGACGAAAGAGAAACGGUCUCCAGGGGGACCAAGAGAAAGAGGCCAGAAGCUGAAUCCCUCCCACCUCAAGACGACUUCCCUCGAAAGCGUCUGACUCCUGACCCUCCGUCUUUCAGGCUCCUGCGAGAAACUCCAGAGGUCAUCUUCGAAGACGUGAGCUCCAACAGAGAGCACGCCAAAUUCACACCACGCUGCGUAGAGUUCAACAAGGAGCACCUCGACGCCCAGCAAGGCUCGAUACAGACUACGAAAGAUAUCGUAAAAACUAAGGCAGUUGCGACAGAGAUCCGGAAAACCCCUGCACACGUUAAUCAAUCCCGGGUAGACGUCACGACUGUCUUUGUUGAGUGCAAGACAACCUCAGCAGAGGUGAAAAAAGGGGCAGUCGACGUUAACAGCAACAACCACAACAACAGCGGGCUAGGAUUUCAUGCACAACCGAUCCCUGCGGCUUCUUCAGCGCUUGACGAACUCUCGACUGAGUUCCCCAGCGCGAAUCCUGUGUGGCUCGAAGCACUUCUCGCCGCUAGAAAAUGGGCGUCCAAACAACCCAUAAUCAAUGAGUGGGUUGGCACAGUCAGGCCCUAUAGCCAGCCCACGGAUACUGAAAAGUACCAAAAUCCUCAUUAUCUCUAUGAGCAUCAAGCUCACUAUAAACCAUCGAGUCCAGCCGUUGUCUGGGAGAUGGCAUCCGAUCCCUCCGCUGCUGAUGCAACGCUUCAUGAAAGGCCGACUUGUUCAGACCCGAAAGGUUUCCUCGAACACUCCCUCAACCUCCCGCCUAUAGAAUACGAAGAUCAUACCUCGUCUGAUUUGACUUGCAAUAAGAGGACUGAGUCACAACCAGACAGCAGAACACAGUCCCCAGCAGCCCGUGUUGGAAAACUGACGCGGUCAAAAGCAGCAGCCCAGCAGGGGCUGGCGGCAUCUUCAUAUACGUUAGCGCCGCCUUGUAAAGCUGUCGUUGAGAUACCGGCUCGGCCAAAACCAGCCGCGACUCAGUUAUCUCUAAAGACCAUCCCAGGUGGGAGCAAAUCGCCCUGGUCCGAGACCGACGGUCAUCGACCGUCGCAGGACACCCGGCCCGCCAAACGACGUACAACUUCUGACAGAGGAUCGACUCAGGUAAACCUCAUUGCCUGUCAUUCUCCAACAUUCUCACGUUUCGACGGCGGUACCAUUGCCGUUGAAAUACCCUCCCCUGCUAAACAGCAAGUUGAAUCCUCAAACUCUACGUUAUUGCCCACCCCUCCCCCUUCCGUGUCUCCAGAGGCGGCAGAUAUCACGGGAGCAGAUGCAAAGCAUGCCUGGAAAUCGACACCUCCGACUCUACUUACUCCAUCCCCAUCUCCAGGAUCUUCUCCAGAGGUUGAUGAUUUGAACGGCAACGAAUGUUCUGCUGGAAAGCGAGCUUACUCGCGACCACCCACACCUUCUCCUUCCGUAUCUCCCGAGCCUGUAGAUACCGUCCAGGAUGUAGACUAUGGUUCGACACCAUUCAUCCGUUCCCCGUUGGUGUCUCCAGAUCCAGAAUGGUCUCAGAGCCUGAUCCCAGGUCCUAAGGAAUAUCCCGACAAUUUGGAGGUCGAUGGUGAGCGAGGAUUUGACGACACUAUGGACUUUGAGUCGGAGCAGUCUACUGGUUCGGACACUGAGGGUUCGACUUCCAACCCCUCGGAGACUGAACAAAAUCGAUCCGUCAGCCCAGAGUCAGCGGAAGAGUCUCCUGAUUAUGCAGCUGUCGACUGGGAUCUUUUCGAAAUGCAACACGUUGACCAAGAGCCUUCUGACCUGGCAGACAUCCACGAGGAUCCUCUCGUCGCCAGGAUGCUAGAACCAUUCGCUGAUACCGCUCGACAAGACGUCCACGGCGAGCCUCUUGACACGCAUACAGUAUCCAAAAUGGCGACGUCAAGCUUGGAGCCAACCACCCAUGACUUUGACAGACUUGUAGACCUAGAAGAGGUUGGCUUUCCGUCCGCGGACGAUGUAGAGGACCCGAUUGUUCCUGUCAAGGCAGACGCAAAGGUUUUGCUCCCUCAGCUGCAGUACAAGGACGAAACUCCAUUUCGGACGCGAGCAGCCGGUUGGAGCAUAUGUGGAAGGUGGUGCAUAGUGGCUGGAGAAUCUGCCACCGACCCCACUGAUGGCUGGGGUGGCUUUGCCUUGCUACACCGUCAACGUCUGCUGGACAAGGAUGAAACGACCUACGUGGGUAAACAGCUUGAACGUGCACUCGACAAGAUUGGAGCCAUCCUCGGCGCACUUGCUGACCGCGAGGAAGCUGAGGCGAUGUGCAAAGAGUUCCAAGCCAUUUGCGAAGACCUCAAGGAUCGCCAUCGUUAUCGUUUUGGCAAGAGAAAACUUCACGGUUGGAUGAGAAACCUUCAUCGUCUUCACCCGACAGUCCUCGAUGAGUCGGGGGCCAGACAGGAAGACCUCGACGAGCUGUUCAAAAGGGACCUCAGGGACGACUUCAAAGAGGACAUGGAAGAUGACUCCGGAGAAGACUCUUCGGGGGACUCCAGAGAAACCCUCGAAGAGGGCUUCACAGAUGACAGCAGAAGGCUUAAAGAGUUGAUACAUCAUGUAUCCGUACACGACGACGAGUCCAUGGCAGAUGAGGAUAGCCCAGCACCUAUUGACGAUGACGAGUCCAUGGACGACGACAACGACAACGACAACGCAGUAGUAGUGUACGACGCUCCAUACCGUCAAGAAGAUGUAGAAGACCACAACGACGAUGGCGGAGUGGUAGAGCUAAUCCCCUCGAAUCGUAAAGAAGAAGCAGAAGAAGAGGAGGAGGAUGUCGAUGAGAUAUUGUGGGACGCCGAGCUCUCGUCCGAAGACGAAGAAUCUGCCUCUGGUUCUGAAGACGAGAACGAGGACGAGGACGAGGACGAAGGCGACGACGGAGACGAAGAUGAUGAUGAUGACGACGACGACGAAGACGAAUCCGAGUCGCACGCCGCUGCGUCCGACACCGAACCACCCGAACAAGAAGAAGAAGAAGAGGACGAAGAGGACGAAGAGGACUCGGGGGAAGAGUUCUAUCCGGAGACUAGGCCUGGGUAUCCUCGACACCCGCUUCAGUUAAGGGCCAGUGCUUCUCCUACUGCAAGAUUUAAAUGA